AAUCGGCAAGAGGCGAUAGAAGCAGCAGGUUCUUUGCUGCAUAGGGCUGGGCGGCGCAUCCCGACGAAUAUACAUCGACGCCGACGCAACAACUAGAAGGCGCCUCGACCCACAAAGCUGCGGACUAACAUAGUGCGGUGAACUGAAUAACAGCAUCGACACGGCACGAAUGCCUCGCGUGCUAACUACACGAUCGCGAUUUGUUUUCGAAUAUUACAACCCACAACUAUAUCGAGUACAUAAAUAGACGGAUAGCACAUCGACCUAUCUCACUUAAUGUUGUGACUUGUAAACUCUUCGUUAAGUUCCGUAUUUUUAUAAUCUGAAAAAAAAGAAAGUGACUUAAAAGUGAUUUGAACUUUUUCGAAAAAUGAUGUGCUUUAAUAAAAGUUCAUUUUCAAGAUGACGAAGAAUGGCCACUCUUUGUUUGUUAGUGUUUUUUGUGGCGCUAGCCUUAGCGGCACCAGAUUGGACGGAUUGUCCGACACCUUGUCGAUGUACAUGGAGUUCCGGAAAAAAAACGGCGUUAUGUCAAAAAGCGGGCUUCACCGACAUUCCUGGCAGUUUGGACGAAGGCAUACAAGUAAUCGAUCUCUCGGGUAAUUUUCUUUCUAAAUUACCUCGAGCAGUGUUUCAAUCGGUCGGUCUAAUUAACCUUCAAAGGAUAUAUCUUUCACGUGCCGGUUUGACCGAAAUCCAUCAGGAUGCAUUUAAUAGUUUAACAAUCCUAGUGGAAAUUGAUUUAUCAAAUAACGAAAUAACGUUUCUACAUCCGAAUACUUUUCACGGAACCGAACGGUUGCGUAUGCUUUCUUUGAACGGUAAUCCUCUAAAACAACUUGUACGUGCUCAGUUUCCACCAUUACCACAUCUUAGAAGUUUAGAGUUGGAAGGAUGCUCCUUAGAAAUUAUAAACAAAGAAGCGUUUAUACAUUUGACUGCCCUAGAAACUAUCAAUUUGAAAUAUAACCUUCUCCGUAAUAUAUCGGAAGCAACUUUUAUGAAUUUUGCUCAUUUAAAAACGCUCGCUUUAGAGGAGAAUCCCUGGCGCUGUGAUUGUAAUUUACGGGGUUUUAGAGACUGGUUUUUAGCUAGUAAGCUUCAAUCCGUAUCUUUGAGUUGCUCUGAACCAAGGUCAUUAAGUGAACGUUUAUGGGAAAACGUGUCCUCUGAGGAAUUCGCAUGUAUACCUCAAGUGUUCGCGUAUCCACAACAACAGGUGCAAGCAGAAGCGGGAGGAAACGUCAGCUUUGGUUGCCAUAUCCUUGGAGACCCAGAGCCUCAAGUUCUUUGGCUUUACGAAGGCCACCCCAUCAAUCAUACUUGGUUAGUAGUUGAAGCUGAAGAAGGAUUAUUAGAUAAAUGGGCCAAUAUAAGUAUAUAUAAUGUUAGUGAUGCCGACGUGGGUAGAUAUACGUGCGUCGCUAAAAACAUUCUAGAUACGACUUCUGUUAAUGUAAGUUUAGUGCUUCCGGAAGUUGUUACUGCAACAACUCUUAUUAAAGCAGACAAAAGAAUGGUGUGGUGGGGUAUGGUGAUUGUGGGCGUCGGUGUGGCAUUUUCCGCGGUGAUAACGGUGAUUGCUGUGUACUGUGUUAAGAACAAGAGUCAAAGACGGAAUAUUAAAGCAAGCGUAAGUUUCACGGACCAAGAAAAAAAACUUUUGGACGUUAGCAUUGCUACCACGACUGACAGAGGAACCGGUAGUUGCGAAGCGUUGGGACCCGAGCAAUUAGAUAUGAUGGAUCCUCCUGUACAUAUUACUAUAGAAAGGGAACCUCCUUUACCUCCCCUAGCUGUUUAUCCUCCUCCGCCGGAAUUCUCGAGUAGUACACUACCUGCGGGAGCAUAUGGCAAUAUUUUUAUUUCAGUAUCAGUUAGUCGAGAUCCGUCGAUCGAUGUUUCUAGAUGCCCUGAUCUAUUGGACUUGCCUCAUAGGCCCAAGCCUGUCUAUCAUGGUAUGGCGACGUUGCCUCGACGUCCUUACGCCUUUCCACAGUACGACAACAUGGGGCCCAGGGUGACUGCUGGGGGAAGUUCAACGCUUUCUCUUCCUGAUGCUUCAGCUGGAGCCCCUAUUGCUGCUGUAGCAACACAGUUGCCACCUCCCCCGCCUCCUCCUUGCGUUCCGCUCACCCCAGAGUUUGUCUCUCUCUAACCUCCCUGUGGUUAAUCUUCAAUUAGUGCCUUUGCUCACAUCAUUAUUAAUUUAUAUCUCUACAUUUGUCAACUGGAUAUUGUCAACAAGGAAUCGAACAAUUUCAAGAGAAACAAUAACGUACACUACACUUACAAAAGGUUACAAUUAGGAUAAUAGAAUCGAUAUCCUUGGAAUAAGGAAGUUAGAUAUAUUCUCUACUUACUUUCAAAAUAACAUUAUUUUCUGUGACUUACACCCUUUUCAAUUAAACAUUUUAUACAACCGCAAA